AGUGUCAUAUGACCAGAGCUCUGCUGUCACUUAUGUUAUUCAGUUGCACUUAGCAAAGCACACCGACCGACGAUAGCUUUCUCAGGUUUUCCUUACUUGACCAUACAAUGGCAACACUCGUGGCAAACCGGGCGAUGGACGUCAACGGCUUGGCAGCAGCUGCGAGAACACACACCCAAGCUGUGACCAGGAAUUACAUCUCUCAACCCAGGCUGACCUACUCCACCGUGUCAGGUGUAAAUGGACCUCUGGUGAUCCUUGAUAAUGUGAAGUUUCCCAGAUAUGCUGAGAUUGUUCAUCUGACCCUGCCGGAUGGUACCAAAAGGAGCGGGCAGGUCCUGGAGGUGAUUGGAAGCAAAGCAGUCGUCCAGGUUUUUGAGGGAACAUCAGGCAUUGAUGCCAAGAAGACGGCCUGUGAGUUCACUGGGGAUAUCCUGCGUACUCCGGUGUCAGAGGACAUGUUGGGGCGUGUGUUCAACGGCUCAGGUAAACCCAUUGACCGCGGACCCAGUGUUCUGGCUGAGGACUACUUGGACAUCAUGGGUCAGCCCAUUAAUCCUCAGUGCCGUAUCUACCCGGAGGAAAUGAUCCAGACUGGCAUCUCAGCCAUAGAUGGCAUGAACAGCAUUGCCAGAGGCCAGAAGAUCCCCAUUUUUUCUGCUGCUGGGCUGCCCCACAAUGAGAUUGCUGCACAGAUCUGUCGCCAGGCUGGCUUGGUGCAGAAGUCUAAAGAUGUGAUGGACUACAGCGCUGAGAACUUUGCCAUUGUCUUUGCAGCCAUGGGGGUCAACAUGGAAACUGCACGAUUCUUCAAGUCAGACUUUGAGGAAAAUGGCUCCAUGGACAACGUCUGCCUUUUCCUGAACCUAGCCAAUGACCCCACUAUCGAGCGUAUCAUCACACCUCGGUUGGCACUGACUACAGCAGAGUACCUGGCCUACCAGUGUGAGAAGCACGUCCUGGUCAUCCUCACUGACAUGAGCUCUUACGCUGAGGCUCUGAGAGAGGUCUCCGCUGCCAGAGAGGAAGUGCCUGGCCGUCGUGGAUUCCCUGGCUACAUGUACACUGACCUGGCCACCAUCUAUGAACGUGCUGGCCGAGUAGAGGGCAGAAACGGCUCCAUCACCCAGAUCCCCAUUCUCACCAUGCCCAACGAUGACAUCACCCAUCCAAUUCCUGAUCUGACUGGAUACAUUACUGAGGGUCAAGUCUACGUUGACAGACAGCUACACAACAGACAGAUCUACCCACCAAUCAAUGUGUUGCCCUCGCUGUCCCGUCUAAUGAAGUCUGCCAUUGGUGAGGGGAUGACCAGGAAGGACCAUGCUGAUGUGUCCAACCAACUGUAUGCCUGUUAUGCCAUUGGCAAGGAUGUCCAGGCCAUGAAGGCCGUGGUGGGAGAAGAGGCCCUCACCUCUGAUGAUCUGCUCUACCUGGAGUUUCUACAGAAGUUUGAGAAGAAUUUCAUUGCUCAGGGACCGUACGACAACAGGACAGUAUAUGAAACCUUGGAUAUCGGCUGGCAGCUGCUGCGAAUCUUCCCCAAGGAGAUGCUCAAGAGGAUUCCUCAGAGCACCCUCGCAGAGUUUUACCCCAGGGAGUCUGCAGCUCGUCACUGAGGCACAGUUGAUGGUGGUCUGUUUCUAGCCCAACUCACCUGCCUACCCCCUCCCUCCUUUCUCUGUAUUCCUUUCUUCCUUUCGUCUCACCCUACACCCCUUGUACUUGCAGGGACUUGUAGACUGAUGUUUUCAAGCCCUCACCAAUACCAAACCUCACCAUCCUUCCCCCAUUGUUCUUACUCUAGUUCUUCUCCUUCCCAUGAAUCAAUGCUCAAACGCUCUUUUCCCCUACCCUGAAAGAGAACAGGGCAAUAAUCUCCCCCUUCUGUAGGUGUACUGUAGGUAUCCGUGUCCAUAAAUUGUGUAUAGAAAGUGUCCGUGGUUGUAAUAUCUACCCUUGAUUGCAAAAUGUGAACAUAUCAUUAUAAUUUUAGAUCAGUCCUUAUUUAUUCAAGUGUGUUACUGCUGGAUCUUCCUUUUUCCCCUCAGAUAAAAGUUGUGUAAAACCCCCCUCUAAAACAACUGGAUCCCACUGAAGAGAGAUGUGCGCAUAGGUAAUACUCCAAAUACAGUACCCCUUCAGUCAGGACCAGUUAGUAAAGCUCAAUGAGUUUGGAAUUGUUUGAGCUUGGUUGAAAUGUUGAUUCAAAUUGAUUGACAUCUUUUAAACUAGGACUGAACUACAUGUCACCAUAAAGGUAUUAGCUGGGGCAACUGCUGUGCUUUUCCUCAGUAAACACAGAUCAGAUGUUUACUGCACGUUUCAUUUUACUUCUUCUCUUUUUACUUUCAUUUGGGUCCUCUUGCUUCAUCUCCUUACUCCAAGCACAGUGGACAUUUACAUUUGUAUUUUGUUGUUUGAUUUGUGUUGCAAAAAAGACAAGUAUAUAAGAGUAUAUUAAACAUUCCCUUCUGCAGAAACAAAUUAUCUGUUGUGAAACUGUAAUGGUUGUGUGAGUUUGUGUCCAUGAAUAAAUUAAAUUAUAUGACAAAA